CUAAAUAAAGCAAUGGUAAUCACAUGUGACACAUAAAAAAGGAUGUGACAGUAGGAGUAGUGACCCAACCUUGAAGAUUUACCCUGCCUCGCCUGUGGAAAUUCCUUACAUAGACAAUAUCUACUGAUAAACCUGGAGCUGUAUAAAGACCCCUCCUGGAUGGGUCACUAUGUCAUUUCAUUUCAUAAGAAAUGGAGACAUCUUGAAAACAGGGAGUCUCAGGCCUCAGAACACGCUCUCAGGCACACCACAGGAUCACUACCUUUUACAAUCACUGACAGUUUGGCUGACCUCAGUGUCUUUGAUGGAUUAUUAACUAAAGUGAACUCAUUUUAAUAGUCUACUCAGUCUAUAGUUUAUCCAGAGUGGACCAAACUCCUGCCACUUGCAGGAGAUGUAUUUCUCAUUGUUCUUCAAUCAGUUGGAGCAACUUAUUGGCAAAGCAGAAAACAACAUCUCGGAUUUUUCUAUUCUUUGCUGAAGGUUUGAAGACAAACUUUUAGUAUGAGUGCAGCUUAUUUAAUUGGAUCUGACAGUUAACGGUCUGAAAUGCACUGAAAAGCAUUUUUUUUGCUGUAGUGUUAGUAUUAAUUAGUAUUAGUGUUUUUCCUCUUGGUAUUGAUAUAUGUGACAAAUUUAGGAUCAUUUAGAAGGAAGAACAUUAAACGUUAGCAAGAUUGCAUGAUACAGAAAUCCUUCUGAAUCUAAGCAUUCUUAACAACAGUCAAGAGAGAAGUUAUAGUAAAAAGAAAGUUCCUUCUGCCAAACUAACCAUGGCUGGUACAGGUGGUCCAGUGGCCACUUUCUCUGUGUGGGAUUAUGUGGUGUUUGCUGGAACAAUUUUGGGGGCAGCUGGCAUCGGCCUUUUCCAGGCCAUCCGAGGACGUAAGGAGACCAGCAGCGCCGAGUUCUUGCUGGGUGGACGGCAAAUGACAGCUGUGCCGGUGGCCAUGUCACUCACUGCCAGCUUCAUGUCUGGCAUCACAGUCAUUGGCACACCUACUGAGGCCUACCGGUUUGGAGCCGCAUUCUGGCUCUUCGGCUUCUCCUAUGCCAUCAUGUCCGUCAUCACUGCUGAGAUUUUUGUCCCUCUUUUCUAUAGACUGGGGAUCACCAGUGCCUAUGAGUACCUGGAGAUGCGCUUUAGCCGGCCCAUUCGGGUCAUUGGGACAUCAAUGUACAUAGUACAGACGGCCCUGUACACCGGAUUAGUCAUCUAUGCUCCAGCUCUUGCACUAAAUCAAAUCACAGGACUUGAUCUAUGGGGAGUGCUGGUGGCUACAGGAGUGGUGUGCAUCAUCUACUGCACUUUGGGCGGACUGAAAGCUGUCAUCUGGACAGAUGUGAUACAGAUGGGGAUCAUGCUGGCAGGUUUUGUGGCUGUUAUAACUAGAGGAGCUGUACUUCAGGGAGGCCUGACAAAUAUUUGGGAAGACGCCAGGCAAGGAGGACGACUAGAGGCGUUUGAUUUUGACACAGAUCCUCUGAAGCGACACACUUUCUGGACAAUAGUAGUCGGUGGCAGUAUGAUGUGGGUAUCUAUCUACUCAAUCAACCAGUCUCAGGUGCAGCGCUACAUCUCCUGCAAAACCUUGGGACACGCCAAGAUGUCUUUGUAUGUGAACAUGGUGGGCUUGUGGGUAACUGUGAGUCUGGCUGUGUUUUCCGGACUUACCAUGUACUCCAUUUACAAGAACUGUGACCCACUUACCAACGGUGAUAUAAGCACCCCUGACCAGCUGCUACCCUACCUUGUGAUGGAUAUUCUGGCAGUCUACCCUGGAAUUCCUGGUUUGUUUGUGGCUGCUGCAUACAGUGGUACCCUGAGCACAGUGUCUUCCAGCAUUAAUGCCCUAGUUGCUGUCACUGUGGAAGACUUUAUUCAUCCACUGUGCAAAAACCUCACAGAGAAACAGGUGACCUGGUUGAACAUGGGCCUGAGUGUAUUCUUCGGUGCCCUGUGUAUUGGGAUGGCUGGAGUUGCUUCAGUGAUGGGAAGCGUUCUGCAGGCAGCUCUGUCCAUAUUUGGCAUGAUCAGCGGGCCUCUUCUUGGACUUUACCUAUUAGGCAUGCUAUUCCGCACAUCAAAUUCAAUAGGAGGACUUGUGGGAAUGAUUAUUGGUCUAGUGUUGACUCUCUGGGUGGGGAUUGGAGGCCAGAUUUACCCACCAACAGAUGAAAAGACAAAACCUCUUGGAGUCAGCACUGUAGGCUGCAAUGUCACAAUGGACCAAAACUACACAACGACAGCUCCGUGGACAAGUCCAGUGACUCUAACCCCGCAGCCUGAUGUCAGGCCAUAUCUGGCAGACUCCUGGUACUCUUUGUCCUACCUCUACUUCUCUCUCUUGGGUACACUGACCACAAUUGUGUCUGGGCUGCUGGUGAGCAUGAUCACAGGUGGAUGCAAGCAAGAAAAAUUAGACUCUAAUCUGUUUGUGAGGAAGAGUGACCUGAUCUGCUUCAGCAGCUGUAUUAAGUCAAAGGUAUCAGACGUCACAAAAAAGGCUGCAACAGACUUUCCUAUGGAAGCUGACGACUCAGUGUUCACAGACUUUGACGUGAUGAGUAAAGAUGUUGAAAAAGCCACUAAACUGUAAUCCUUAUAUAUCAACAUGUAGUUCCUUUGUGGAGACAUUUUAAUGCCAUUUCAUUUUAUAAACACAUAAAUGAUAAGCCACAACUGUUUUGCUUCUACAUCCACCGUAGUUGUGUAGCUGUGGUACAUUUGAUUUGCAAACUCUAUCAUCAGUAUGUGCCUAUUUAUGUUGAUAUAAAUUAUGUUUUAAAUGUGUUACUAAAGUUGAAAAUAUUUAGAUUUUACAUGUAGGAGAACAACUUCUUAUAAAGCUUGGCAAAAAUGAAACUGUAGAAUGAUAUACUUGAAAUUAUAUAAUUAUAAAAGCUUGCUUAUUUAUAUUGUAUUUUCCAAUAGAAAAAACAAGAAAUAUGCAAAAAAAGACAUUUCAGUUUCAGAGCAAUAGGGAAAAGGACAUUAAAAAUAAUGCAAGGUCACCACAUCUUUUGCCACACAACUGAGCGUCUACCAUUUCCUGUUAAGCAGAUGUGGCAACACAGUUUUCCUUUUAUUGCCCUUUGUUCUCCCUGAUAGCAGCUAACAGCUCUAUAUUUACUACCUGAAAAUUGUCUGUGCUGACACAGACAGACACACUGGAAUACUGUUUAUUUUACACUAUGUAUGAUAUGAUUACUACUUUUGAUGGAAGUUGGUUUGGGGUAUUUGUUUAUUACCUGGUUAUUUUUUAUAUGGAAUUGCACUCUUUAUGAACUACCUGUAAGAAUUAGUCACGAAUUCUACUUGUUAAUAAACAUUUCAAACGAA